CUGUCAGAGAGAAGCUGUGAAGCUCUGUCCUCAGUUCUCAGCUCCCAGUCCUCUAGUCUGAGAGAGGUGGACCUGAGUAACAACGACCUGCAGGAUCCAGGAGUGAAGAGUUUGUCUGCUGGACUGAAGAGUCCACACUGCAGUCUGAAAACUCUCAGUCUGUCAGGCUGUCUGGUCUCAGAGGAAGGCUGUACUUCUCUGGCCUCAGCACUGAGCUCCAACCCCUUCCAUCUGAGAGUGCUAGACCUGAGCUACAAUCAUCCAGGAGACUCAGGAGUGAAGCUGCUGUCAGCUGGACUUAAGGAUCCAAACUGGAGACUGGACACUCUCAGGAUGGAUCAUGGUGGACCACAGAGACUGAGACCAGGUGUGAGGAAGUAUGUCUGUGAACUGGAAUUGGACACAAACACAGUACACAUAAACCUCAAACUGUCUGACAACAACAGGAAGGUGACACAUGUGGAGGAGGAUCAGUCAUAUCCUGAUCAUCCAGACAGAUUUGACUCCUGGAAACAGCUGCUGUGUGGAAAUGGUCUUACUGGUCGCUGUUACUGGGAGGUCAAGAGGAGAGGAGAAGUUGAUAUAGCAGUGAGUUACAGAGGAAUCGGAAGGAGAGGAGUCGAUUGUGACUGUUUGCUUGGAGGGAAUGAUCAGUCCUGGAGUCUGUUCUGCUCUGAUGAGGAUGGUUACUCUGUCAUGCACGAUACCAGCGGAGCACACCUCACUCCAGUAGCAGUGUAUGUCGACUGUCCUGCUGGCACUCUGUCCUUCUACACAGUCUCCUCUGACUCACUGAUCCACCUCCACACCUUCAACACCACAUUCACGCAACCUCUUUAUCCUGGGUUUAGUGUCUACCCUGAUUCCUUAGUGCCUCUGUGUCCUCUGCAGGUCUGAGUACUUCUCUCUUUGUGUGAUCCGGGUCAUAUGGAGAGAGAUUAGAAAACACACCGACUAUCCAACCCCACCUGUAAACAUCUCAACUGUCCCUUUAAUGCUCUGCAUGGUUGCAGUUUUUAGCUUCAUGUCUUUGUAUUUGUGUUGGAUUGUAACAGGAUUGAAGAGGAAGU